CGCAAAAGCGACGAAUGCGACACAGGUGUCGAAUUGAUCGUUAAAAGACGCCAACAACACAUCUACCGCACGCCAGCGCAACGGGAGCAUCGCUGCGAACAGCUGCGCCACACACUGAGCCUGCAGUGCUGUGGUGGACAAUGCGGCGCUGCCUCACACUCGUCGUCGCGCAAGCGGCCGCCUACAGCGGCCGCACGGCGCCCGGCCGCCUGGCCUGGGUCGACCGCUAUUUGCUGCUCCGAGAGCUCAGCCUCUUCGCCGACGACGAGCCUUCGACCACUCGUGUGUUUUGUGAUAUCGGGCUCGGCGACGACGCGACGACAACCCUGGAAUUAGCGGAGGCGUUGCAGCAGGACGCCGACGCGCCGCUCGUCGUCGCGUGCGAGGCCGACGCGAAUCGUUGCUCCGCCGCGCGCGAGGCUUGUGCUGCCGCUGGUGUCGUUGUACGCCAGACGGAUGGAAGCUUCACCUUACCGCUCAAGUGGGACGAAGUUUGUGUGGGCGUGAGAGCAAUGAACAUCUUCCGGAGCGGGUACACCCCCGUCGAGGCGGCGCGGGGAAUUGAUACGCUCGCGGCGCAGCUACAGCCCGGCGCGCCAUUGAUUGAGGGCUCCUGCUCGCGAAACGGCGACUGCGGCGUCGCCCACGUUCUGAGACGGACGGACGAGGGGCUCGCGCGCGAAGCGCUGCUCUUCACUGCUGAUGUGAACCGACGGCGCGGAUUCGCCCCGCUCGCGUUGCGACCUUAUUUACCGCGCGACCUGCGGUGGUCGUUCAAAGAGGGGUCGCCGGUCUACGAGUUCUGGCUCCGCUGGACGGAGGCCUGGAAGGCCGCGCGCAAGGGAGACGGGGACGUCUUCCGCGCGGCCUGCGACGAGCUGCGGCGCCGCGGCGACGCCGUCGACUGGGUCGACGAGGGGCUCAUGGUCUGGACGCCGCAAGGGGGCGUUCCCUGACGCCAUCGACGCGCCUUGUUGUUGUGAUUAAUUAACGAUACUCUUACUCGCCAUUUUUUAAGGGAAGGG